AUGGUGGCUGCGAUCCCAGCAGUGGAGUUAGGUAAACUUCACUACAGGAAGUUGGAGGGGGGAAAAAUUGCCGCUUUGAAACAGGAGUAUGGUAAUUUUGACAGGCCUUUGAAUAUUACUGCAGACAUGAAACUAGACCUUUCCUGGUGGUUAGACAAUGUGGACAGACACCACAGACACAUUUUUAGGCCAGGGACUGACAUCGAUUUAUUUACUGAUGCCUCCAGCCUUGGUUGGGGGGGUCAUUUGGGGUGUCAGAUUACAAGUGGUACUUGGUCCCUGGAUGAAAAGGAGCUUCACAUUAACAUCCUGGAGAUGAAAGCCAUUCUAUUCUCUUUGCAAGCAUUUGAACAUGAGCUGGAAGGUAGACAUGUUAGAGUUUUUUGUGAUAAUACCACUGCCAUAAACUAUGUCAAUGAAAUGGGAGGCACAAAGUCCAAGUCCUGUAAUGAUGUUGCUACCCAGAUUUGGGAUUGGUGUCUGGAACAUGACUCAUGGGUUACAUGCUCGCACAUACCGGGGAAGGACAACACCUUGGCUGAUGUAGCCUCUCGCAAGAUUAAUGACAGACAUGAGUGGAAACUCGACUCACACAUUUUUACUACCUUGUGUAAUGUUUUUGGGACACCGUCCAUUGAUUUAUUUGCCUCAAGGCUUAACAAACAGGUGCCUUCAGAAGUUACGUGCGGAGCAAGCACGAGGCUGGAUGGUGGUUCCUCUGUGGCCGUCCCAGUGUUGGAUGGGCAUGCUGCUCCAGUUGCUAAUAGACUUCCCACGUUUGAUAACGAACAGGAGGAAUGUUCUAACACACCCGUCCACAACAGAUCCACACCCCAUCAUGUCCCACACGAGGCUCAUGGCAUGCCUUCUGUCAGGGAAAACUUGCAGAAACGAGGAGUUUCGCCGGCUGCUGCGGACAUCAUACUGGCCUCCUGGAAACCAGGUACUGAGAGGCAAUACCGCCCACAUGUCCAGAGGUGGUCGUUGUUUUGUGGUAGACGGAAUGUCGAUCCCACUUCUCCAACUGUAGGUCACAUUGUAAAUUUUUUGACGGAAACCUUUGACAGGGGUGUGGGUUAUGAGUGUGUGAACACUGCGAGGGGUGCCCUGUCUUCUCUCGGCAUUGUGGUGGACGGAUGCAGGGCAGGAAAUCACCCUUUGGUCAUCCGAUUCAUGAGAGGGGUUUUCAAUCUUAGAACUCCUCAGCCCAGGUACACUGACACUUGGGACGUCCAACCUGUCUUAGAGCAACUAAGGUCCAUGUUCCCCUUACAUGCAUUAACCCUUAAAGAAUUAACGCUAAAAUUGGUUAUGAUGAUGGCCUUAACUCAAGCUGCCAGAAUUCAAACUUUACAACUACUGUUACUCAGAGACAUGCUCAUUAAUGAACACUCCAUUUCAGUACAGUUGGGGGGCACUCUUAAACAAUCCAGACCAAAUUUUAACAUCAACAGGGUCACAUUCCAUCGUUACCCUAAGGAUCCACGAUUAUGUGUCUGUAGCACUCUCCUGAGGUACAUUGAUGUGACUAAAGAGCUUAGACAGGAUGAGAUGCACACUGAUGCCAGGCUCCUCAUUAGCUUCAUAAAACCCCACAAAUCAGUUUCCAAAGACACUAUUGCCCGUUGGGUCAGGACCAUUCUCCGCAUGUCAGGCAUAGACAUCUCAAAGUUUUCCGCUGGUAGUGUGCGGCCAGCAGCAGCUUCAAAAGCUGGAGUGGCGGCUGUCCCUGUCGCAUGCAUUAUGGCUAAGGCGGGCUGGUCUAGGGAAUCUACCUUUGCAAAAUAUUAUAAUAAGAACAUUGUGGCUGCUUCUGACCUCUUUCAGGAUGCAGUGCUAGAAUAA